GGAGAAGAGGAGCUUCAGGGAGACCGGGGACCGUAGUGAUGACGGGCAGAUCCGUGAAAGACGUGGACAGAUACCAGGCUGUCCUCAACUCCUUACUGGCGCUGGAGGAGAACAAAUUCUGCGCUGACUGCGAAUCUAAAGGUCCAAGAUGGGCAUCCUGGAAUUUGGGCAUCUUCAUUUGCAUUCGCUGCGCUGGUAUUCAUCGAAAUCUGGGGGUCCACAUCUCCAAGGUCAAGUCCGUCAACCUGGAUCAGUGGACACAGGAACAAGUUCAGAGUGUCCAAGAGAUGGGAAAUGCAAAGGCCAAACGUCUCUACGAGGCUUUUCUACCCGAGUGCUUCCAGCGCCCCGAGACGGACCAGUCCGCAGAAAACUUCAUCAGGGACAAAUAUGAUAAGAAGAAGUACAUGGAUAAGGUCAUUGAUAUCCAGAUGCUCAGGAAAGAAAAGAGCGCUGACAACAUCCCCAAGGAGCCAGUUGUGUUUGAGAAGAUGAAAUUGAAAAAAGAAGUCAGCCCAAAGACGGCUCCCCAGUCCGUUACAGACCUGCUUGGACUAGAUGCUCCCACUCCAGGCCCUGCAGUGUCUAAUGGUGGAGGAUGUGCUCCAGACAGUAAUGAGAGCCCAGCGGCGUCUAAUUCAGGUCCGGCUCAUCCUGCGCUGGAUCUCUUCAGCUCCUUCCCAACCCCCUUCUCUGCUGCCUCGUCAAAAGCCCUGCAGCCCGUUCCCGGCUCCAUGCACCAGAGCAGAGUCACCGCCUCAGUGCCUGAGAACCUCAGCUUGUUUCUGGAUCCAAAACGCAAAAGCGAAGAACGCGCCGUCAAAAAACUGUCCAAGGAUUCGAUUUUGUCCCUGUACGGGUCCACGCCCUCGGUCCAUGCCAGCAGUAUGGCUGCACAUGGCUUGUACAUGAACCAGAUGGGCUACCCCACACACCCGUAUGGCUCCUUCCACUCUUUAUCCCAGCUGGGUGGGAUGGGCGGCACCAUGAUGGCGUCGCAAAUGGCCAUGAUGGGACACCAGCAGAGCGGCAUGAUGGGGGUUCAGCAGAACAGCAUGGCGGGACUGCAGCAGAGCGGCAUGACGGCACAGCAGAACGGCUUGAUGGGCGCCCAGGGGGCCGCGGCGCAGCCGAGCGGCGGCGUGCCAUCGCCGUACAUGACGGGCCUGGCCCAGGGCAUGCUGGGACAGCAGCAGCAGCAGGUGGGAGGCCUGGCCUCGUUACCUCACCAGCAGGUUUACGCAGCGCAGCAAAGCCAGCAGCUGCAGUGGAACGCCGGCCAGAUGAGUCAGCACAUGGGUGGCACCAGUCCCUACAACACCAGUGGCAUGAUGGGGUACGGCAGCCAGCACGCGGGCGUUUCAACACCACAGAGUUCAGCGCACAUGACGGCUCACGUCUGGAAAUGAUGUCCCACCGAGUGUGCGACAGGACGCCUACAUUUCACAAAGGAGGGGGGGGGGGACCUCAUCGGAUCAGACUCUCCAUGAAACAUUUCUAAUGCGACGGAGGAGGAGACAGGUGUGAAGACGAUUUGAGGAACAACCGCUACCUCUGUUUCUCUCUCCUCUGCCCACGCUUCCUCCUGCCGCCUCAUCGAUAGCCAUGCUCUGCAGAUUUCCAUGUUUGCCUUCAGGACAUUUUUGUACUCUGAUCAAGACAGCGGGGUUCAGAGGUCACUCGUUAGGACUCCACAUCUAUUCCUCGUAUCCAUCCAUCACGUGAGAGCGCGUGCACACACGUCUGCCACCAGUAGGUGUCGAGUAGCUGCUUACCCUCGCUUAAAUCAUUUAUGCGACUACCUUUUUAUUUGAAAUGAGACCAAAUAAAAAUGAGCGACAGAAACUUUAUCGAAGUCUAAUUAGUAACAAUGACACUUCAAACAUAUUUACUCUGAAGACGUUCCUGCAUUUUACUGGACAUCAUUUUAGAAGGAGACUCCACAGCUUCAUCAGUGUCCAAGCGUGGGUGGUUAAGAGGUUGUUAUUUGAAGCACUUUGAGUCUGGUAUUUUAUUCAAAGUUGUUUUAGCACGCGUGGGAGGAGCUAUGUUAAUUUCCCAUUUUGGCCUUACGACUGCAUGCAGAGAUUUGCUCAAAGUUUCCUUUUCUGUGUAUUAACAGAUUUUCAGAUUUACACUUAAAAGAUGGCACAUUCAUAAUUAAGAUGGGUUACCUUUUAAAAUAUUUUUCACAUUUCUUUGAGGUAAAUACAUUCUGAACCUCUUGUUCAGCUUUUCUUUUUUUCUGUUCCCUUUUGACUCCUUUUAGCUAAAAGAGCUUGAUUAGUUAUCAUCAACUGUUGUGUCUUAAGGAUAAUUUUCUGUUUUCGAGCCCCGCCUCAUGCGUGAUGGAGCCACUCCUCCUUUUCACAAAUCCUUCUCCCUUUUUUAUCCAAACGUUCCUUUGCUCUUCGUGGCCCAAGUUUUAUCUUGUCAGUCGCACAUGACACCAGAUAUAUUAGGCUUUUCUUGUGCACUGUUUGAAAGAGUUUUCCUCUUUCAUCCUCAAGGGAUCAAUUCAUCUAUCUAUAAGUAACUAUGAUUUGAUUACUUUGUCUACGGCAUGAAUAAUAAUAAUAAUAAUUUUGUGCAAAACAUGUACAAACAUUUAGAUCCAAGACAUCCCUUUAAGUGUUGAUGACUUUCCAAAUCUUCACCAGAUCGCUCGCUAGAACCGUAACCAAGUCUACCUAAACGACUCCCGUGUCUGGCGUCUGCGUCUUCAGUGACAGAGGGCUUCUUUUCAAACUAAUAAUCUCAGCUCUGAAGUGUUGAAAAGUCCCAAAGAAGACUUUGGGAGACCAAAGAUCAACACUAGCUUUAUCAAGUCUGUACAGUAUUCCAGUGACCUUUCUAAUGUCGCCAUCGAAACUAGUGAUUAGUGGACGAAUAUUCAACACGGCAGCCUGACUGUACUGUACGUUCGGGUUGUACCUGCUCUUACGCUUCACUGUGCUACUUCCUCGUC